AUGAGUGAACUGUGGUAUCAGCAGCCUGCUGCAACUUGGAAUGAGGCAUUGCCUCUGGGGAAUGGCCGACUUGGAGCCAUGGUCCACGGUCGCACUGAAACGGAGAUGAUCCAGUUGAACGAAGCUACAGUAUGGUUUGGUGGACCUCAAAAACGAACCCCCGAAGAUGCACUGAGCAAUCUUCCUGCCCUCCGAAAGGCCAUCCGCGAGGGCAAUCAUGCAGAAGCCGAGAGACUGGUUACUACCUACUUCUUUUCGAAUCCAUCGAGUCAGCGACACUAUGAACCUCUUGGGAAUCUCUUCUUGGAUUUUGGACACAAACUUGAGCAAGUUACCAAAUACCGGCGCUCACUGGACCUCACAAAGGGAGUCUUGCAUGUUAACUAUGAGCAUCAGGGUGUUUGCUAUGACAGACAGAUGAUUGCUUCAGACAAUCCCUCUGUCCUCAUUCUGCGCCUCCGAUCAUCUGCUAAAGCCGAAUUCACUUUGCGCUUGGCACGAAUGAGCGACCUCGAGUACGAGUCUCAAGAAUAUCAUGAUUGGAUUGAGACAGUUGGAGAAGAUCAGCCCCUUCAAGCCGCGGGUCUGAAAGAUAACACUAUCACUAUGCCUGUCACCCCUGGUGGGAAAUGGAGUAAUCGCGCUUGUUGUAUCCUUCAUGUCCAGACUCUUGAUCGAGACAGCAAUGGCACUGUUACAAAGGCUGGGAAGAACCUGGUAGUUAAAUCUGACGACGCAGUAAUCUACAUUGCUGCACGCACAAGUAUUUGUCAGAGAGAUUACAAGACCGAUGCCAUGUCCGAUAUCGCAAAACUUGAUUCAAGCCCGGUCAAGGUCUGGGAUCAACGAGUGCGAGAUAACCAAGAAAUAUGGGCACGAAUGCAUCUAAAACUCAGCCCCGACCGGUCAGAUAUUCCCACUGAUAAAAGAGUGGCUGAAUCUCGGGAUCCGGGCUUGAUUGCACUCUACCACAACUACAGCAGAUACUUGCUCAUGUCAUGCAGCUAUGAGGGAAGUGCGACCUACCCAUUGCCCGCCAACUUGCAGGGAAUCUGGAAUGCCUCUUUUCACCCCGCUUGGGGCUGCAGAUUCACGAUCAAUAUCAAUCUACAGAUGAACUACUGGUCUGCGAAUCUGUGCAAUCUUUCGGAAUGUGAGUUGCCCCUGUUCACACAUCUUGAGCGCCUAGCCUACAAUGGCAGAAAUACCGCGAAAAAGAUGUAUGGAUGUUCUGGGUGGACCGCCCAUUCCAAUACUGAUAUUUGGGCCGAUACUGACCCGGUGGAUCGUUGGAUGCCCGGGACCCUUUGGCCACUGGGUGGUGCAUGGUUGUGUUGUCACCUUUGGGAGCAUUUCCAAUUUACCGGACGAGAGGAUAUUCUGCGCAAGUACUUUAUGGUUCUACGAGGAUGUGUGGAGUUCCUCCUAGACUUCCUGAUUAAGGAUUCUGAUGGGAAAUAUCUCACAACUUCUCCUUCACUCUCCCCAGAAAAUUCAUAUUACGAUGAAAUUGGACAAAAGGGUGUAUUCUGUGAAGGAUCUACGAUCGACAUCCAAAUAAUCGACACUGUUCUCAGAGACUUCGAAUCUACAACUACACAACUGGAAAUCGAUGAUGAGCUUCUCCCCAAGGUCCGCGAAACCCGAUCCCGACUCCCACCUAUGACAAUAAGCAAAAACGGAUAUCUGCAAGAAUGGGCUCAGGACUACGAUGAAGUUGAGCCAGGCCAUCGCCACACCUCCCACCUGUGGGGUUUGUACCCCGGAAACAAUAUUACACUGGAUAAGACGCCCGCUCUGGCUGCAGCUUGUAGGGAAACUCUUCGCCGACGCGCGCAGCAUGGAGGGGGUCAUACAGGGUGGAGCCGGGCCUGGCUAAUCAAUCUAUUCGCUCGUCUUCGUGAUGCGGAGGAGUGUCAAAAGCACCUUGACUUGUUACUUUCACAAUCCACGCUGCCUAAUCUAUUUGACAGCCACCCGCCAUUCCAAAUUGAUGGUAACUUUGGCGGUGCUGCGGGGAUUGUUGAAAUGCUGGUUCAAUCUCAUGAGUCCGGAGUAAUCCGACUUCUUCCUGCUUGUCCGUGUGACUGGAGUGGUUCGAUUCACGGUGUACGAGCGCGAGGGGGAUUCGAGUUAGGUUUUAGUUUUGAAAAGGGAUGUAUUGUUGGUGAUGUAGCUGUUGAAUCACUACAUGGAGAGCCAGUUACUGUGGUCUUUCCUGGGGAGGGUGGGUUUCAAAAGCACAUCGACCGUGCUGGUCACUAUAAAAUCUCACCGAGGGAUUAUUCUAGCUAG